GAAUGAAACUGAUACUUGUCGCCUACAUAAACACCAUUACAUUCUCAAACCCAUGGCUACUAGAAGGAGAAUUGGUGUGAGCAUUGCAACAUCAGAGGCUGCACGCCGCCAGUUAAUGCAGCCCGUGGUGUGCUGGGAAAAGGCUUGGGUAACACCAGAACAUGCAGCUCCAAACUCUUCCAUGAAGGUGUUCAAAUGGAUCCAGACCGAAAAGAAACAACAAUUUAGUGACGAUGAAGGCGAAAUGGAUGAACCGCUGGCGCCAUUGCCAGACGAGCCGGAGGUUGUGGAGGGCGAUGAAGAAAUCAUGGACCAGGACGAAGUCGCCCCUUCUGUAGCCCCAGAAACGGCAUCUGCGGUAGAUAUCACAGAACCGAACUCGGUCGUCCCAGAUAUACCAGAAGCAUCCACGAAGCCUCCCUCUCCCCAACCUCCAGCCCUUUCUCUAUCGACGCAAGAAGACCCAGCAAUGACGGCGGGAGACGCAGAAACUGUUGACGUAUUGGAACCCUCACUUGCGCCUUUGGGUGAAGCAACUGAUGCGGCUGUUGGAUUGGAUGAGAAGACGGAACCUGAGGGAGCUGAGAGUCUCGAUCUGACCGCGCUGGGUCCGGAUGGGACGUCAUUUGAAGGCGUGCAUGAUCUGAGUCAGUUGGAGCCUACAGAUGCAUUGAUGGGUGGUCCUAUGAUGGAUGACUCCAUGGAU